AUGACAUACGCACUGGGUUUUGACAGACGACAGCUGACUAUGCCUUUCUUCUUCGACUUCAGCAAGGCAUUCGACUCUGUAUCACACGUCCUGCUUCUUCGUAAGCUGAUUGGCUAUGGGUUCUCUGCAUCGGCUAUUGGGUGGAUAGCAUCCUACCUCAGUGGCCGUUCUCAGUCAACUUUAGGUGGUGCGAAUGGCAUGUCCUCCCCUCAGCCCUUGAAUAAGGGCGUGCUGCAGGUGUCGGUUCUCGGCCCUCUGUUGUUCCUUCUUUUCAUUAAUGACGUUAGUGUAGAAUUGGGUCAGAAUAUUCAGCGACUAAUCUACGCUGAUGACCUUCAGAUAUACCUUCGAUUCUUGCCGGAUGAUCUGGAGGUCGCCAUUCGCACCAUGAGUGCUGCCGCCAACUGUAUCAUGGACUGGGCCUCCUCAAAUCAAAUUGAGUUGUUGCAACUCAAUCUUGCCAAAACCAAAGCUAUUUUCUUUGGUUCUCAUUUCUUUGUCAAUGACGUCUAUUCUUUGCCCAAAUUGUCCAUCAGCAUUGAUAGCGCGAGCAUCCCCUUCGAAUCUUCUGUGCGUAGCCUUGGUGUGAUCCUUGACUGCAAGCACACUUGGAAGGAGCAUGUUAGCCUUAUCAGUCAGAGGGUGCACGCGGUGAUGUAUCGACUGCGAUUUUUUCGUACAAGUACCACCCAGGGGCUGCGUAAGCACCUGAUAGAAACACUGGUGUUUCCCUUGGUAGACUAG